AUGGCUGAGGACUGGCUGGACUGCCCAGCCUUGGGCCCCGGCUGGAAGCGCCGUGAAGUCUUUCGAAAGUCAGGUGCCACCUGUGGACGCUCAGACACCUAUUACCAGAGCCCCACAGGAGACAGGAUCCGAAGCAAAGUUGAGCUGACCCGAUACCUGGGCCCUGCGUGUGACCUCACCCUCUUCGACUUCAAACAAGGCAUUCUGUGCUAUCCAGCCCCCAAGGCCCAGCCCUUAGCUGUCCCUAGCAGGAAGCGGAAGAAGCCUUCACGGACAGCCAAGACUCGAAAACGUCAGGUUGGACCUCAAAAGGGUGAGGUCAGGAAGGAGGCCCCAGGAGAUGAGACCAAGGCUAAUGCUGACACAGCCCCAGCUUCACUCCCUGCACCUGGGUGCUGUGAGAACUGUGGAAUCAGCUUCUCAGGAGAUGGUACCCGAAGGCAGCGGCUCAAGACAUUAUGCAAGGACUGCCGAGCGCAGAGAAUUGCUUUCAACCGGGAACAGAGGAUGUUUAAGCGUGUGGGCUGCGGGGAGUGUGAGGCCUGCCGGGUAACCGAGGACUGCGGGGCCUGCUCCACCUGCCUUCUGCAGCUGCCCCAUGAUGUGGCCUCGGGGCUGUUCUGCAAGUGUGAGCGGAGACGGUGCCUCCGGAUUGUGGAAAGGAGCCGAGGGUGUGGAGUGUGCCGGGGCUGUCAGACCCGAGAGGACUGUGGCCGUUGCCGAGUCUGCCUUCGCCCUCCCCGCCCUGGUCUCAGGCGCCAGUGGAGGUGUGUCCAACGGCGCUGCCUACGGCACCUUGCCCACCGUCUCCGUCGCCACCAUCAGCGAUGUCAACGACGCCCUCCCCUAGCUGUGGCUCCCCCUGCUGGUAAACGUAGCCGCCGUAGAGGAGGCUGCGACUCCAAGAUGGCUGCCCGGCGGCGCCCCCCCCGAACCCAGCCAUUGCCUCCAGUUCCCCUGUCACAGCCUCCAGAGUCCCCAGAGCUGCACCCCAGAGCCCUGGUCCCCUCGCCACCUGCCGAGUUCAUCUAUUACUGUGUAGACGAGGACGAGCUACAGCCUUACACCAAUCGCCGGCAGAACCGCAAGUGUGGGGCCUGUGCAGCCUGCCUACGGCGGAUGGACUGUGGUCGCUGCGACUUCUGCUGUGACAAGCCUAAAUUUGGGGGCAGCAACCAAAAGCGCCAGAAGUGUCGUUGGCGCCAAUGCCUGCAGUUUGCUAUGAAGCGGCUGCUGCCUAGUGUCUGGGCAGGAUCUGAGGAUGGGGCAGGGCCGCCCCCACCUUACUCUCGUCGAAAGAGGCCUGGCUCUACUCGAAGGCCCCGUCUGGGUCAGAUACUGAAGACCUCCUUGACCACACCCACAACCCGACCAGGCCAUGCCCAGACUCAAAUGAAACAAGAAACAGGCAGUGGCUUUGUGCUGCCUCCACCUGGCACUGAUCUUGUGUUCUUACGGGAAGGUGCAAGCAGUCCCGUGCAGGUGCCUGGCCCUGCUGCAGCUUCCACAGAAGCCCUGUUGCAGGAGGCCCAGUGCCCUGGCCUGAGUUGGGUUGUGGCCUUACCCCAGGUGAAGCAAGAGAAGGCGGAUGCCCAGGAAGACUGGACACCGGGCACAGCCAUCCUGACUUCUCCUGUAUUGCUGCCUGGCUGCCCCAGCAAGGCAGUGGACCCAGACUUGCCACCUGUGAAGCAAGAGCCACUGGACCCUGAGGAGGACAAGGAGGAAGAGAGCAAGGAUGACUCCGCCUCCGACUCGGCCCCAGAGGAGGAGGCAGGAGGGGCUGGCACACCCGUGAUCACGGAGAUUUUCAGCCUGGGUGGAACCCGCCUCCGGGACACAGCAGUCUGGUUGCCAAGUCUGCAGGGCAGGCAAUCGGGAAGGGAAGAUGGAUGUAAAGUGUGGGAGACGGAGGACGCUUUGGCGCGCAGGAGCACGAGCACGAGCACGAGCACGAGCUGGAACCGGCGAAGAUGGCCUAGAACCCAUGUCAGUCUCUCACCACCUCCAACUUCGAUAAUGUGGGUGUCCUACAGAAGAAGCUGGUGCCCUUCAUCACAGAGUUAA